CGGAACAAACAGAUAAAGAUCAUGUACUUCAUCAUUGGGCAAUUUUGCUUUCUCAGCCCAGGACAAUGCCUUUGCAUUCUUCAUUUCAAUAAUUAUUUCCCUAAACACGCCUCUUUCAAUUCUUCAUGUCAAUAACUGUUUCUCUAUAAGUGCCUCUAUUCAUUUUGAAAACCUGUCUGCAGAUCCUCGCUUUCAUGGCUAUAACCAAUAUGAAUUUUGAAGGUUGAAAGGCGUACUUGAAUCUAUCCGUCUCACUUGUCCUUCGUACGGUUUUUUGAUGAGGACAUUCAUUUGUUCCCAAUUGGAAUGGUCCACAAAGUAAAGGUAUACUCGUACGUAUAUGGAGUGUUUAUUCAAAAAGCCAAACUUCAUUAUUGGCCUCGUUUCAAUUGAAUUCAAGGGCGGCCGUUUCCCUCAAUCCUUACAUUCGAGACCCAACAAUGAGGUGGAUCACACUCUUGAGCGUCAUUGGAUCCGUGAAGAACUCAUUUCAAAUGGAACCUGAAGAACUGGAACUUCUCAUAACAUUUGAUAGCCCCAACACGAUUAUCAUCGUCACUGAAGAGUUCCCUGGCCUUCAUUUGAGUGCUUUACUCCGGCAUUUCAUCACUUGGACCAAUUCUGAGCAUCUUCACAGGGUCCUGGAGGCUCAUACUGAACUGGGUGCUUGCAACCUGAUUCUUUUGAGUCAUCAGCGAAUUCCGCACAAUAUGACAGUGCCACAAAAUGUCCGUGUUUUCACGGAAAGGACGGGCAAAUACAAGGCCAGCCGACAACUUUUCCUCGUUCAACGGGAAUCUAAGCCCAGGGAACGUGUUGUUCUUCUCAACGGGGAAAGUCUUCGUCUAGUCAGAUCCUGGACCAAAAUUGAAGGCAUUUGGCAUCACAACCAUCACUCCAGUUUAAAUGGUACCGUCAUCCGACUAGGGUAUAUCUCAGCCCCGCCCUACUUCUUCCUGGACGAGAAUGAUCAGCCCAACGGAUUCUGUUACGAAAUUUGGCAGAUCUUGUCGGAGAACUUGGCCUUCAAGAUGGAAUUGGUGCCGUCAUUUGAUGGGAACUAUGGCUCGUUGGAAAAUGGUUCUUGGAAUGGAUUGAUGAAAUUGUUGAUUGAUGGUGACAUUGAUUUCACUGGCUCGUUGCUCGCACUGGGGGAGCAUCGCGCCCAACAUGGAAGAUACCUGGGGGAGGUUCUCAAAGACAAAACAAUUUUGUUGACUCAUCGAGACGUCCGAAUGGAAAAAUUCAUGAUGAGCUCGAUUUUGGACCGAGACGUUGUGCUGGCUUGGAUUGGCACUGUGCUAGUGGCUUUGCUGGCUACUCUGGUCAUGAGUGUCAUGGAAGUGAGGAGAACUUGGACGGACGACCUUCUGUCAACCUGGAGUCUGAUCUGUCAGCAAAGCAUCUGCGUUCAGCACAGUCGACCUUCAAGGCGGAUUUUGCAACUAACAGUGGUUGGGUUUGGGUUUCUGUCCUUCAGUGUCUUCUCCGGGGGCAUUGUCUCCGUUAUUAGUGUGGCCAAUGAAGCAUCGGACGUUCUCGUCACGUUGCAAAACGUCAGGGAACUUGGCUUUUCCUUAUUUGUGCGUGGGGGGACGUUCAUGGAGGCGGAACUAAAGAAUGCCCCUGAAGGCUCGAAUAGACGCCAACUCUGGGAGAAACAGGUGGGAAAGGACCCCUUUUAUCGGCCUUCGGACAUGGAUCAACUGAUAGAGAACUUCUUUUCAACCCAAAGAGGAGCUCUAUGGAUUGAUGGAACCUCGUUUGCAUAUUGGAUGAAACAACAAGGUCCAAAUUUUGCCCAUUGGGGCCUUUUGAAGCCUUCAGUCGUGGAUACCCGAAAGCAAUACAGUUUCAUAACCACGUCAAACUCCAUGCUAGCUGAUGAGAUCUAUGCCAAGCUUUUGGUUUUGAGGGAGUCAGGCUUGCUGGAAAAACUGAAAGAUAAGUGGCAUCUUGAUUCUCAGUACAACGGCAAGCCUGGAUUGCUCUGAUCGUAGGCCUAUUCCUAUGCUUGGCCAUUGGGGUAUUGGAACACCUUGUGUUUAGCGUGCCUUGAAAUCAUUUAUAUACUGACUGACCUUCACAUCGCUUUUCAUCCGAGUGCAACUCGUAUCCAAUCUUGCAUUGGCACGUGAACCCACCCAGGGUAUUGAUGCAAUCAUGUUCACACCCAUGAGCGUCCGGUGAGGAGCAUUCAUCAUAUUCUGUGACGACAUAAAGGUUCCGAAUAAA